AUGAGGCCCUGGAGGCGGUCUGUGCCGGCCGGCACCGAAUGUGCCCCAGACCCGGCGACGGAACUGGAUGAGGGUGAGUCCGCACAGGAUGAUGAACCCGCCCAGGCGUCUGUGGGAGGCGCCGAUGAGGUUGAGCCCCCGGCUGAGCGUCGAGUUUCGGACUCUCCCCAGCCGGAUGACGAAGUCGAGAUUCUGGAUGAAGCCCCGUCGAUCAAGCACGAAGGCCCGCUGUCGACUGUCCAAGAAGACGGCGUACUGAACGACGAAGCCGAGACCCGGUCUGCCCCUGCGCCAUCCGGUCCGGCCGCGACUGCCCAAGCACCCGCGCUCAAGAUUGAAGCCCAAUCCGGUCUGGCGCCCUCGGAUUCGCGAGGACCCGACGAGACCAAGGCCCAAGUGAGCGAGGCUCAGGCGAAGGCGUACGUGGCCGAGCAAGUGCGCCGCUGGGAGCAGCAUCGUGAAAGCGCUGUCGUCCCGCUCAAGGUGGAGUAUGCCUGGCUCGAGCCGGCACCCAACUUCACCGAAUGGUGGGCCGCCGCGCUGGCGACGUCGAAGUACCUGUCGGACCGAAUGGCAAUGGCAAGUCAAGACGCUGCAUGGAUAGCGGAGCUUGAUUCGGUACGGCUCGAGCUGUGCCUUGCCCAGGAUGUCACGGGUAUCGUGAUUCCGCCGAGCAUUCUCUCGCCGCGCGAGUGCGUUGCGCUCAUCCAGUCUCUCCUCUUCGCUGCCGGUUUCAGGUUUCACAACCUGAUUCUGAUGUGGUUCCAGUCCAAGUCCUCCAGAGUCGCACCGAGCCUGGUGCGCUCUGUGGUCGAAGACGUCCAGAAUUUCCUCGCGUUCGAGCUGAUCGAGUGGCGCGAGCUGGCGUCCGGUGUGCCCUUCAAGAUCGUACUGGAUGCACCGGACGUUCAAGACCUGACCGGACCGAAUGCUGGGAACACUGGAUCAACGCCGCAGCAGCCUGUGCGAGCAUCGAUCCUGGACUACCAUGCUGAAGACAACGACGGAGAUUUAUUGAUGUCGGAUUACGAAGCUGGACUACUGGGUCGCGAGUUCGUCCUGCGUCUACGAGUGGCCGGACUCCGGCGGACACGGAGCCCGCAAGGGUCGUCCACCGGCGAACCGGAUUCCAAGCGCCCGCAGUACGGACCGCCUCGCCCGUCGUCCAUCCAGUCCGCAUCGUCAAUCCUGUCCGUGCCGCUGGUGUCCACGCCGUCGCUCUCCUCACUCCCUUCGUACCACGCAUCCCGCGAGUCUGGACGUGCUUCCGGUACCGGAGCGCUGGUUCAGUUCGGCCCGACGUCCCGUUUGCCCUCGGAUCUUGAUUCGAGCUUGUUCGGUACGACGGCCGGAUCCAACGAAUUGACAUUCAGUGCAGCAUCGGGAGCUCGGUCGUCCAGAGGCAGCUCGCCUUCGUCGUCGCUGUGGUCCGGACACGAUGCCGCGAGACACAUGUCCGCGAUUGGGUACGGACCCAUGGUGACGACCGCGCAAGCGGGGAUGAUUCAGUCCGGCACUGGCGGAGGAACCGUGGAGAUCACCCGGAGCGCACUCCCUCGGCCAUCGACGGCGGUGGAUCAGGACGAUGUCGUUAUGUCGGAGUCCGAUCGCACCACCGUCCGGAGUGACCGAAGGUCGAGAGCGUCAUCCGAUCCGCGAACGACGUCCAGGCGCGAGAAGCGGAGUCCGUCACCAAGCGAGUCGGAUUCCAGCGAGGAUGACCGGAGUCACCACCGAAGAUCAUCGAGGUCGAAGCGCGCACCGAGUCGGUCCAGCAGAUCGAGUCGAUCCGGUCGGUCCAGCCGCUCCGCGAUGUCCGUGAUGUCGGGGGCCUCCCAAGUCGCGCUCAAUACGAUGCGCCAGACUCAGGAAGCCCUUGCCAGGAUGGAGCUGAACCAGGAGGCGUCCGCUGCGAACACAGCUCGACCGGGUGAAGGACUCCAGAACGCGUUCCACGCGAUUCAGGAGCUCGCCGGACGCACUGCUGCCCUCCAAGGCAGUCGGCAGACCGGAUGGGGACAGAAUGCUCCGACCCCGGAGCCCCCGAUCCAGUCCGGAGAUUCCUCGGUGUCGCCGACCCAGGAGCACAAAGUGGCCCCCGCCAUUCAGAGCGCCCGCGCCGAGGCGGCGCGUCUGGAGCUUGAACGCGUUACCGCGGAGUUCACCGAGCGCUGGAAGCAGCAGGAAGCGCAGGCCGAAGCCGACCGAGCACGCUGGGUCGAAGACGUCCAGCGGGGACUGAACGCUCAACUGGAUUUAUUCCAAGAGAAAGUCCACAAGCUUGAAUCCGACCAGGCGCCCAUCGGGUCUGCAACGCCACACGCCGACGAGCUUCUAGCAGCCCAACUCCAAGCGACGAUCGAUGGUGUUCUCAAGGCGCGAGCGACCAAGGCGCGCCCUGCGCAGGCUGCGCCGGCGAAGGGCAAGCAAGAUGCCCCCGCGAAGGACGCCAAGAAGCCGCCCGUGAAGGGGCAAGGCUCCAAGGACGCGAGGGACACCGGGUCUGGGGCGCGCAAGCGCCCAUCCGGUAGGCGGAGCCGCGAGAGCGGUGACCCCUCCGGAUCUGACCCGGACUCGAGCUCGAAUGACGGCUACGACGAAGGCUACAGCUCCAGCGACUCGGACGACUCGCUGGCUAACGUGCCCACGCACUCCACGUCGGUGACGACACAGGAUGGUAAGACGGUGAUGAAUUUCAGACCGUAUGUGAGCUCCAGCUCGCUCGAGGACUUCGACGACAAGGCUCCAUACCAAGAACGGACAAGAUGGUGGGAGCGAUUCCUCACCCUGACGGUCCAAGGUGGCUGGACGGACAGCAUGAAGGUCUACGAGCUGCGUCUGAAGUCGCCUUCGUCUGCCCGCAACUGGCGUCAACAACUGCCGAGGCACACACGCGACACCUGGAGUCUGUUGUCCCGCGCGUUCAAGAACAAGUAUUGUCGGUCGAAGGUGUCCGAUUCGGAGCGAAAUUUUACCAUGGCUCAGAAGCGGACCGAAUCGGCCCUCGACUUCUUCUACCGACUGAAUGCUGGGGCGAACAAGGUGAAUGUGAACUUCAAGAAGUCGCCGAGGACGCGAGAGAUGCACAUCAAGCUGUUCAUCCGGAACCUCUCCGAAUCAAGGUUGCGAUCCAGUCUGAAGAGUUAG